AUGACAGACGAAUUCUUUAACCUUGAUUUUGAAGACAAUUGCUAUCAAUCAUGUCAAUAUCAAUUCACCAGUAGUAGAGAUAGUGGCAUGUCAUCCGAUGAUACUCACUAAAAAAAUGUUUAGAUUAAGAAGAAAAACAUUGCCAAAAAAUAUGAACCAAUCUACGAAAACAACAUUGUAUAUAGAUAUGAAGACAAUCCAGAAUAAUAUAAGAAAAUUAGAAAGUAAUUCAUGAAUCCUAUCAAAGGAAACUAUAGAAUAGAGAAUCCGCUAAUAGAGUUCGAGGAAGGUAAAAGAAUUAUGUCCAGGAUAUGGAAUAAGAACUUCUUGACAUGAAGAAAGAGAACCAACAUCUCUAAAUGCUGAAUGCCAAAUUACAGGCUGAAAAUGUUGUUCUAAAACAAUAGGUUGAAUUUAUGUAAAACCUUAUUAUGUAAUCUCAACCUCAUCAAAGUGAUAACACUUUACAAAGAGACACUACCAAAAAUAGUCAUUUAGCUACUUUAACUGCCUUCUCAGCUAUAUUAGGUUUCGCAUUUCUAAAUGGAGGAGAUUUAGAAUCAAAGGAAUCCAUUAUGGGGGCAAAGGAAGUAACCAAUGAUCCAAUCAUUGCAGCUCCAGUCAUAGUCACUCAUUCUAUCAAACCCUUUUUAUUCGGUUCAGCCAUAGCUCUUUGGCUUGUCUAUGCUCUCUACGUUGUCUAUAAAGUGUUUUUAAAAAGUAAAUUAAAAAAGAAAAAAGUUAUUUGAUUAUUUUAAAAAUAAAAAC